CUAUUUUCUUCUUGCCAUGCCCAGCUGAGCUCUACUUGACAUUGUAACUGCCCUGCUCCUUUACACAUGGUUCAACUCUAAACUGCAGUGCCUAGUCUUGGUUCCCUGAAGGUGUGGUUGGAGAGUGUACUGCGUUACCAUUGGGCUUUUUAAGCAUGCUUUGCGCAGAAGGCGGAGACAGUCAGGGAGAAGAAGCCUCGGGCAUUAUGGAGUUAAAUGGCCGAGGUCUCGACUGUCAUUGUGAACCUUGUAAAUGCCAUGAAGGCACUGGUCAUACAUCCAGCAACUGCUCCUGCUCAGUCUGUCCGAGUUCCACUGGGGACCAGGAUCCUGUAGCCAAGUUCUGCUGCGCCCCCGAAACCGUAAGCCCACAGCUCCCCCAAGCCACUGGCGCAGGAGAAGAUGUUGUACCUCCUCAGGAUGUGGGGACACUAUCUCCUGGGGGUCGGAGGUUGGGGGUCAACACUGAGCUGCAAACGAGAGCAUUUACUCUAUGCAGAGAGUACCUGAGAGGAGUUUGGAGAGAGAUCCAGCCUCACCAGUUUAGAGUGUCUGUGGUCAGUGGUGGUCUAAGUAACCUUCUUUAUAAGUGCAGUCUCACAGACUCUGUGAAAACACAGUCUACUGAGCCACGUCAGGUUUUGCUACGGUUAUAUGGCGCAAUUCUGCAGGGUGUGAACUCUUUGGUUCAGGAAAGUGUAAUGUUUGCAAUCCUAGCAGAACGUUCACUUGGCCCACGGUUAUAUGGAGUAUUUCCUCAAGGACGUCUAGAGGAGUACAUUCCGAGCCGGCGACUGCUGACAUCAGAGCUUAGUUGCCCAGAUGUAUCAAGUGAAAUUGCUGAAAAACUGGCCAGGUUCCACAAAAUGGAGAUGCCUUUCAACAAAAAGCCAGUGUGGUUAUUUAGGACCAUGGAGGAGUACAUGUCUCAAAUAUCCUCACUUUCCUUUACACAAAAAGAAGACGUGGAGAAGUUCAACCAGCUGAAAAGUUUAAGUCUGGAGGAAGAAAUGCAAAAGCUGAAACUGCUUCUACUUUCUACUGCAUCACCUGUAGUGUUCUGUCACAAUGAUGUUCAAGAAGGUAAUAUUUUGCUGCUGUCUUCUCGCUCCUCGUCUCCAUCAGACAGGCUGAUGCUUAUUGACUUUGAGUACAGUAGCUACAAUUACAGAGGGUUUGAUAUUGGAAAUCACUUCUGUGAGUGGGCGUAUAACUACCAGCACAAUGAAUGGCCUUUCUACAAAGCACAGCUGAAUGACUACCCUUCAAGGGUUCAACAGCUUCGAUUUUUCAGAUCCUACCUUUUGGAGAUGUCUCCAGGUCUUAGUGAAGGUGAACGCCAUGCUCAGGAAGAAGCAAUGUUGCUGGAAGUAAACAGGUUUGCAUUGGCUUCACAUUUUUUCUGGGGUCUCUGGUCUAUUUUGCAAGCAAAAAUGUCAACUAUCGAAUUUGGAUACCUGGAUUAUGCACUUUCUCGGUUUAAUGCAUAUUUUGAACAGAAACGCCGUUGGGCCUGAUUUCCCUUCGAUCUCAGUUGAGCAUGUAACAGCUUUUCGUGUUCCUGUCUCCAGCAAGAAUCUGCCUCCUUGAUGCUCGGAUAUACCUGCAGCCUUUUCAUCCUCAUACCUGCCAAAGGGCAACAAACUUCUAGUCUCUGCACAGUUUUGUGUGCAUGGCUGCAGCUUGCAUUCCAUUGCCCUUUUUCCUCCUGCUUUCAUCUGUAUGCAAAUUACCCUGCCCCCACUAUGCAUAAUCCUCACCCUUAUUUAUACAACCUCAUGUGUAGCACCCACUGUGGAGACUUUUGAGUUUCCACUACAAAUGUAAAACUUGUAGUUUUUUACAAGUUGUAAUAAGUAUUAUAAUUUAUCAGAAAUUCUGUGUGUCAUUUGCUCCUGAUAUUGCCAGUGUAGUUUUAGAAUAGUUUGUGUGAUAUCGCAAUACGUUUACCUACUGCCCAUGGUAGCUCAUUCUGAAUGCUAAUAUUUCCAUUGUUUGCAUUUAUUUUAGCAGUCACAGUAUUUUAACCACUGACAAAAACUCCUAAUUUUAAAAUGCCAAAGAAUGAAGAAACAACAAACUAAAAACCAGAAAUUCAGGAUGUUGCUCGCUUAUUAAGUGCUUAGCACUUAUCCCCCCAUGUGUAAUAAAAAACACAAACGUUUGCCUAACCAAUAAGUUAUUUGCAAGUAAAUGCUACCUUCUGAAUGACUGGCACAGGCGUAUCAAACUUUGGACAGUUUAUUAAAUAAACCCUAGUCUGUGUGUGUUUUUGGUUUUUUGGCACCACAAAUUUUAUCAUAGUAGUGUACAAAGAGAUGUAACAAUUUUAUAACAUUUAAAAAAGGAUGUAGCUACCUUUAUAAAGGACUGCAUCUAUAUGGAAUUGGGGGGUUUCUUGAUUUUAAUAGAAAUAGCACCACAAGAACACAGCAAAUGUGUCAGUGCUCAUGCAAGAGUAUUUUUAACAGCAAAAGUUUCUCCUAAAAGGCAUUUUUCUCCUUAAAGGAAUAUUUGUUACUACUUCACCUUUUAAAAUUAUAUAACUGUUCCGUCCACCCCCCUCCCCUCCCCAUUAAUUGCAAUAUACUGUUUUCUGGAAAUAUCUAUAUGGCACAUGAAGCCCCAGAAAGGAAUAGUUGUCCCAUUUAUUGUUAUUGGAACAGCAUAUGACAUUUGGGUUGCAGCAGACCCUCCAGCCCAACACAGUUACAGUAUCCUAAAUAUCGUAAUGUGUGCCCUGGCAGACAACAUAUAUGUAGUCCUUACUCAGUUAAGUUAAAAUCUGCUAAAUCUUCUGUCCUUACUAUGAUUGUUUAAAAUGCAAAUUGGAUAUUCUUGACGUAUGUAUGUAUGUAUGUAUGUAUGUACAUGUAGCUUCUGGUGUGAAGGUAAAUUAAAUCUCCAUGGACUCUAUUGAUCCAGUUCCUUUAGUGGCAGUAUUAUGACAAAAAAGUACAACAUUUACUUGGCUUUGCUAAGCAAUGGCAUUGGCAUUGGCAUUUUUAAUGGCAUUUUAGACAUAAGGUUAUACCUGUUUUUCUAAACAGGAUAUAUUUCAUUAAUAGCAUCCACCUAAUAGAGAGGUGCCUAUUUUUCAGUUUUCAUACUUUAUUUUUGCACCCGUCUCUAUCACACACCAACACUACCCACCCUUCUUUUAUGUACAGAAUAGUGUCAGCCUUUCGCUUUUCUCAGUGUAACACUGCACUGCUAUACAUAAGAUACAUAUAUCUUUCAUACAACACAAGCAUAGCCUGGAAUUCCAACUCUUUCUGCCUUAUACAACUCUGUUUCCCACAAAGUCUAAGCUUUAUGUAACAUUGCAUUCUCCACCACCACUGUUAUAAUCACACUUGAUCUACCUCUCCAUUCCAUACAAUUUUGCUCCCCAUCUAAAUCACUGCCAUAGCCCACCUUUUUUACGGGUGGAAACAUUUAACCAUAACCAUACUUGCUCAAUUUCCUGCUGUGUUGCAGCUAGAUUUUUCACAUCAUUCCCUGAUUACAGCAGCCUGAUUUCUUAAGCCUCUCUAUUAAGUCAUCAUUUGUUUGCUCCAUGAUCCUCUUGUUUGCUUCAUGUCCUUGUUAUUUAUAAGUCAAUUAUUUACACAAAAAAAUAUGUAUUGCAUGCAUAAAAACAAUAUAAGAGAAUUACUGGAAAUGAACCACAGAUGCAAACUAUGCAGUAUACCAAAAAUAAAAAAAUGAAACAAA